AUGGCGUCAACAGCAAGGAGAUCUUCGACCCUGUCGACACGGUCCGCCAAACAGAGGAAAUACUCGACCGAUCGCCACCAACGCGCCGCCGAGCUCUCGAUCCGCAUCGAAGAAGGUCACGGUCGACCCCUGCGCUGCCCGCCGCCGCUGGUCCGGGAAGAAGACAGCCCCUCAACGACGACGACGACGACGCCGACGUCGUUCGUGCAGGAUUUUUUCUCCAGACCGUCCCAGGCAAAGAAGGGCCACGUCGCGGCGGCCUCGUCGCUAACCCACUCCGACUUCUUUCCGUGUCCCCUCGACGUGCACCCGGGCCAGCGCGUGAGGGGCUUCUCGGACGCUGCUGCCAUCGCCUUCGACGACGAGAAGAAACACGGACUCGUGGUCGACGCGCAGGAAGAGCAACCGCUGGCAUUCACCAACCCGUUCCCCGAGCCCAACCCGCAGCAGCAGCUCGAGCUCGAGCAGCGUGCCGCCGUAUUUCGACGCGUCAACACCGACAUCAACGCCGAAGAGGCCCAGAUCCGCAUCACCCGCUCCGCGUCGGACGUCGUGGGCCGUCGCGCCGGUGCCAGUCGCCCCAUCGACCGCAUCCGGCGCUGCUUGGGCAUCAAGCCUGCCAUCAAGCCCGGUGCCAUCAGUGGCAUCAAGCACGCCGCCGGGCUCGCGACGACGCACGCCACGGCCAUCCUCUCACAGAAACCGGCCCCGCUGUUCAAGCGCAGGGCGCUCUAUGUGUUGGAGUACGACGUCGACGACCAGGGCGUCCUGCUCUGCGCACCGCCCAAGCUGUGCGAAAACGUGGCCGGGCUGCGCAAGCACCUGGAGGAGGACGAGCACGCGGAAUCCCUGCUCCGGCUGAUCUACGUCUGCAACAACGAAGAGGCCAUCAACUACCUGAGCAACGCGUUCGGCAUCAGCGGCUCCAGCGCCGAGACCGGCGAGCGCAGCUUUCGCGACUGGAUGCAAGACGACCGCGACACGCGCCGGGCCUCGCACAAGGCCAUUCGCUGGCGGCCGGCGUUCGACAUUGCCAGAGGUGUCAUCUGCAUGGCCUUUGGGCUGGAUUUUGGAUCGUUGGUGGUGCCGCGCCAGGAAACUCCUUCUCCUCAUUCUCAUUCUCAUCAUCAUCAUCACCAUCAUCAUCAUCACCCGCAUCUUCAUCGGCAUCCCCAGCAACACCAGCAUGCGCAACAACCCGUGCAGCCCACCACCAGGCCCUCGCUCUACCGGCAGCGCAUCUCCGUCUACAUGCAACGUGCCUCGUCGCAAGCCCUGCCCGGCCCACGCGUCACGCGCUUCAACUCGGGCUCCCGCCAUUUGCACGACAUGGCCAAGCGCGACACGAUCAUCAUCUGUGAGUAUUCAUCCGGCGAGGCCGGGGAGAUCGUCAGUGCGAAUGUCCUGCUGGGUCUGAACCCGGGGGCUCUUUUCCCGCCGCCGGCGCCCUUUGCCUUCAGCCCUGGAGCGCAAGAGGACACCCGAAAGACCCCGGCUCCCGUAGUGGACACCACACGACGGUCCGCGUCGACGCCCACGCUGCAAGCCGUCCUCUCGCACGUCUUCGACGGCCUGUACCAGCUGUGGCGCGACCAGAUCGCGCUGAUCCACGAGCCGCACGCCGCGCUGGAGGACCACAUCUACGCGCACCCGGCCGACUCGUCGCGCGCCCGCGACGUUUGGGCCAUGUCGCAGCGCCUGCACAACAUGCUGAAGCUGGUCAACCGCCACUCCAAGGUGGUCGAGGCCGUGCAGGACGACUUUGCCGUCUUUGCCGAGUUUGCCGAGAUGAUGAUGAUGGUGGACAAGUACCCGUACCAGUACCAGUAUCAGUAUUAUCACUAUCACGAUGGCGGCGGCGGUAAAUGGCACGGGGGAGGGGCGCCUGAGCAGUGGCGGCCAGGAGAAGACGGGUUCUCGGGAGCCAGAGAACGCAGUAGUGGUGGUCCUCGUGGCGCCGGUAGUGGUGGUGGUGGUGGUGGUGGUAGUAGUAUUGGAAGCAAUGCUACGACCUGGCUGACGCCGCUGCUGGACGACUUUGAGGUGCUGGCCGAGAACAUUGGCACCGAUUACCUCGAGCCGCUGGAACAUAUGAUUGACCUGAUGUACAAGUCCGUCACGAUCCGCGACUCCAAGGUGUCUCUCGAGCUCAACGCCAGCCUGUGGCGGCUGAGCUGGAUCACCUUCAUCUUCCUGCCGCUGACGUUCCUGGUCGGCGCCUUUGGCAUGAACGUCGACGCCCUGCGCGACAACCCCAGCCUCAAGUGGUACUUUGUCGCCGCCGUGCCGUUGAUGCUGGCCGUUUUCUUCCUCUGGUUCGCCAUGCGCCGCUUCGCCCCCGGCCGAGACAGGGCCGGACUCCUCGACGCGGCCGUCCUGGGUGCCGGGCUGGGCACUCGCUCGCUGUGA